CCCCUGUCGGCCAUUAAAAUUCUGAUAAGAAAAUGUCACUGUCAUUAUGUUGAAAUAGGUGUAUUUGUCCUGGAAUAAGGUGAAAAUAAUGUCGCUGCGAAAAAGUUAAAAUAUAUAUUUAUAUUUAUAAAGCAUUCCUUGGUCAAAAGUAUUACAAUGAAGAAGGACAGUGAAGUAGUUUCUACAUCGUCUGGACAAUCUCGCAAUUCGGAUUAUAAAAAAGGCUCGUCAUUUUCCUUGAGGAGGAUUUUCAGUGGACAGAAAAAGCGCUCAAAAUCACACAGCAGUUUGGACUCGGACUCGGCUCGUUCGGAAACAAGUUUAAAUGUUUCUAACGAGAGUUCAGCGGGCUUGUCCCAAGCAUCUGGCUUCCAAAGCACAUGUUAUGCCCAAAAAAGGAAAGACAAUAUGAUAGAAUGUCCUGUAUGUCUGACAGAUCAACCAACUGAAAAUUUUCAAGUUGUGAUGACAUGUCAUCAUCGUACAUGUCGAGACUGUUUACGUCAAUAUCUACAGAUAGAAAUCACAGAGAGUCGAGUUAAUAUCGCUUGUCCUGAAUGUAGCGAAAAGUUUCACCCAAAUGAUAUUCGGCUCAUUCUACAAGACGAAGGCCUAAUGGUAAAGUAUGAAGAUUUCAUGUUACGUCGUAUAUUAGCCAUGGACCCAGAUACUAGAUGGUGUCCAGCUCCAGACUGUGGGUAUGCUGUAAUAGCAGCAGGAUGUGCUGGAUGUCCAAAAUUAAAAUGUGAAAGAAUUGGCUGUGAUACAUUUUUCUGUUAUCAUUGUAAGCAAUACUGGCACCCUAAUAAAACUUGUGAUGCUGCCAGGGCUGAAAGAUCCCCUAAUUUACGAUCUGGGUCUAUUUAUAGUCAUGAAAACGGCUCACAGAAUGAUAUAAAACCUUGUCCUAGAUGUAGCGCAUUUAUUGUCAAGAUGAACGAUGGUUCCUGUAAUCACAUGACUUGUGCUGUCUGUGGUGCCGAAUUCUGUUGGCUAUGUAUGAAAGAAAUUUCAGAUCUUCAUUAUUUAAGUCCAUCUGGUUGUACGUUUUGGGGUAAGAAGCCAUGGAGUAGAAAGAAGAAGAUAUUAUGGCAGUUAGGUACAUUAGUUGGAGCUCCUGUAGGUAUAUCAUUAGUAGCAGGUAUAGCUGUACCUGCUAUGAUUAUAGGUAUACCUGUAUGGGUUGGUAGAAAGAUUCAUUCUCGCUAUGUUUUGGAUUCUAAACAUAAACGGCGAUUGGCGGUAACAGGAGGUGUGACAGCUUCUAUUUUAGUUUCGCCAAUUAUAGCUGGCUUAGCCGUCGGUAUUGGAGUGCCGAUAUUGUUAGCGUAUGUUUAUGGUGUUGUACCAAUAUCUUUAUGUCGCAGUGGUGGAUGUGGGGUAACAACAUCACAAAAAGGAGGAGUCAGAUUUGAGUUUGAUGAAAAUGACGGCAACGCUGCAAGUACUUACGGGGCUUAUGGUGGUGAUAAUCAGAGUGUUGAGACAGCUCCACAUGUAGCAAAUCCUAGUAUAGCACCAAGUAUUGGUGAAGCGUCUGUAGGAAUGACAGGAAGUCUUAGUGCAAGUGGAAGUCAUUUGGAUCGUGUGGGUAUGCUUCGUGAUGAAAGUGAUCGGGAUUCAUCCAGUAAUAGAGCGAUAGCUGGUGCUAGUUUAAAUGGAAGUUUGUGUGGUUCGGCUUAUGCUGCUGUUAUUGGUUAUCAAAAUAAGUUAGAAGUACAAGCUGAUGUAUCAUCUAAUAUGUCAUCACAUAAACGAGCUAGUUUCUCUAGUGAAUCAGCUAAUAUCAGUCUAAGUGAGAAAUCUGCUACAGUAUCAUUCUCUGAUGAUGUUUCUACUAGAGCUUUAGCUGGUUCUAUAUCAGCUUAUAGGGAUAAAGAUGGCGUAUCAUUGUCUUCGCCUCCAUUUGAAGUACAGGCAGAUGUGGAACCUAAUAGGUCAAUCCACAGUAAAUCAUCAUACGAACGAUCACCGAGUUUACGACGUAGUGUUAGCAACUCCAUUGAAGAACUUAAAGAACAUUCACACAAAUCCAAAAAGUGUACACGAUUCAUAGAUGAUGACGAUAAAGCGAUAGGAAUUGUACGAGUUUAUUCGAAAAAACACGAACCAUCCACUUCCAAUCAUAGAGAGAUUCCAUCAGCAAGAGCAGUAACUCUGUUGGAAUCUAAAACUAGAUCAGUAAGUCAUUCCUCUGGAGAGAGCAUUACAAGUGAAACAAGUAAAUUUUUCGUUCUUCCAGAAGUGGAGACGGACAGACCCACACGGUCGCUUUCCACGAACAAUAUGACAGAAUCAUCCGUACUCUUGAAAAGAAAUCGUCAAGUUAGUUACAGUUGUUCAGGAGUUUAUGAACAUGUGACAGACAAUUCAAGGAGCUCAGAACGAAAAUCUCCACGGCGACACAGUUGUGAGAUGGCCUUUAAGCACGGACGAAUUUCUCCAUCAGAAAUGAAAUAAGACAUGGAAUUAUUAUAAGAUAUUAUAUUUUUGUUGUGUUUAAGUAUUUUAUUUGAUAUUUCAUACAAAAGUUAUUAGUUUGAUCACUUGGUCUGUCCAAAGAAAGGGCCGAGAGGCUGGUUCACAUUUUUGUGUAGCCAACUUCACUGUCAAAUAUGCAUUGCAUGUCAUUUGUAGGAAAUUAAUUGAGCAAAUUUUAAUUACUAGUCCACUGGGAUUUUAUUAAAAUUUUCUAGGAACCAAACCCAAAAGCCUUAUUCACCAUAGCUAUAAUCACUUUUAAGCAAUUGUGAAGUCAAAUCAGCACUACUAAUGAGUUAUCAUUUUAAAAAUUGGUAUUUUUAUUUAUAAUCAAUUUUAAGGGAUUUAAUUUUCGUGGGCCCCAAUGGUUAGUAUUAGUGAAAUCUGCUGUGGAUGUUCAUAAUUUUUUCACAAUAAUUUUCUCAAGGGUUAUUUCAGAACAACCUUUCCAAAACCUACAUCAGUCUACAUUUAUAUGGUCUUACUCAUUUAACAUUUUUUCUUGGCUUAUUUCAUAAAACUUAAAAGCAAUUAGUUGAUGUCACCUUCUAAAUGGUCAAAUAUUUUUUUUCAGGUUUUUCAUAUAUAUUACAGUGCUAUGAAAAUCAAUGUAGAUGAUAUGAUUUAUUUAUUUUUGUUAAUUGUAUAGAUAGAACCUCAAAGUAGAGGAUAAACAAUUAGUAUAGCUCAGAUUGAGAAUGUCCAGGAUUUAAAGAGCUAUUCCAUUUCAAAAUAUCACCUACUUGUAGACCAAUAAGUAAUUUCUACCACAGAUUCUUUUUUUGUUUGCUCAGCUUUGUCAUAAAGUUUGAUUUCUUGGGACUUUAUAUUUAAGCGGACUCCCAGAUCCUUAUUAUUUAUCACAACACAAAUCUUCCUGUCAGUAUAUUGGUUACUUUUAGCCAUUACUUUAAAGAGAAUCGAAGAGUAGUGUUCUUUAUUUGUGGUUUCAAUUAUCCAGCCCAUACCUUAUCACCAGUGUGGUGAUCUGAGCCCAUCCAUUACCACAAGCAUGUGGUUCUCAGGUCUUGUACUUAAUUGUAUUUCAGUAACAUUAAUUAACAUAGUGAGCUAUGGAAUUUUAAGUUACAAUCAAUUUUAAAUUUUUUCUCAUGAUUUAUGGCCCCAGGAAAAGAUUUGCUUUUCAUACCCAGGAAUUCAGAUACCUCAUAAUUUUGGACUUCAAUUAUGAGAUAGCCAGACUGGUUAUUUCUGUUGUCUAGCAUAUCAUGAAACAAUUUGGGAACUCUUAUUCUGGAAAUUGUUUAAAUAUAUUUUGUUGUAAUGUUGUUUUCUUUUCUCGGUGUGUAUAAUUUUCAGUCUAACUGAUGUGAUAGUAGUUUAUUUCAUGUUUUAUAUAACAUCUUGUGGUUGUACAUUGAUGCUCAUACAUCAUCUUCCAACUUCAAGGGGAAACUCUACUCCCUCAUUUGAGCCCUUCCGUUCGAUAUUUUUGUUUUAACAGCAAAUAUAGUGUGCCAGACAGUGAAAAACUACAAUAAAAAAAAGGGGAAAUGUUUAAUUAAAUGUAUUAAGAUAAACCGAAUAGAAUACAACUUCUAUACUCACAGGCCCAAAACACUCUUUUCUCAAACAUGAAUGCAAAAAAAAUAUGGUAUAAAUAUGGUCCACUCCUAUCGGGAGCCAUAGUGGCUCAGUGUGUGAGUAAGACUUUGACUUGCUAACCUGGAGGUCCCGUGUUCGAUCCCUGCGUUGGCCUAGAAAGUUCAUCGGGAUUUUCUGACGUAAUUCCUUCUUGUAAGUGGUGCAGAGCCUUGCAAGGGACAACGUACAGUUGUUCGGAUGGACGAAAAACCAAGGUCCCAUGCACCCAUUGGCGUGCACAUAAGGAUCCCUUGUCAGUUGGAAUUUGAUAUAAAAUAGGCCGUAGUGCCGCUGUCUGGGCAAAAUUUCCCUUAUGGCACACUGUAUGAUAUAUGCCUGUCUUCAUUAACCCAGUCACAGUUAAACCUCAUUUCAUUUCAUUUCCACUCUUAUCAAGGGAGGUUAUAUGACCUGAGGCAGCAUAUUUUCUGAGAAUUACCAUCUCAUUUUUUGUGCAACCACAAGAUAUAGGUUUAAUUUAUAUGUAUAUUAUUUUUAUAUGGCUUCAGUCUUUCAUUUGAUAUAUCUGCACCAUCGUCAGAUAUAUACACUGUGGUCCUAUUUGUGAAGCAGGACCCUUGUUCAUACUUAAUCAGUGACCUUUGAUGUACAACAUCUGUGGUUUGUGAGUGAGUAUGAAGGAUGUGUAGGAUAUUUAACGAUGAAACUGUAAAUAUAUAUGUAUAUUAUAUAUAGUAUUGUUUAUAUGGCGUGGAUUACUAUAGUAUAAAACUAGUUUUAAUAUACGAGGAAUCGCUUGCAAUAUUUGAACUCUCCCAAACAGUUAUAAUGCAAUUUUCACGUCAACAAUACGAUUUUUUGCCAACUUUCUGGAUGUUAACCGUUGUAACACAAAUAUAUCUUUAAAGAAAAAUUAUUUAGUUUUUUGUAGGUCUGAGACAGAUGAAAUAUUUUGGGACUACAGGUGGAUGUCACUGUGUCUUUCAGUGAAACCUUGGUAUAUACCACAAGUGUUGCUCUAACACAACGUUAGCUCAGUUUUAUAGUGGUUGCCUAUGUUAAUCUGUCUUGAAACUUCUUCAAGUGACUUUCUUAAUGCAGACAUUGAUAAUUAAUCUGGACUACCGUCAUGUCAUUCUCUAUUGGUUAAACUGGGUUUAAAGUUCAUUAUGCAAAUAUAUAAGCUAUAAAUACCUUUGAAAUUCAGAAAAUUUGAGAUUAAGUUUGUACUAGGCCAACUACUAAUUUCUAUCUAAGCUCCUUGUUGUAACCUAGGUUUACUCAACAAAGUUAGUGCAAUCUGUAAAAUUAAAGAUCACAAGUUACAUUGGUAAUGUUGAUACAUGUUGUUUUGUCACCAAUGCAACAUAGAAUAUUCUAAUAAGUUUUAGAUUUCUGCUUUUAUGAAAGUUGCAAUCAUUAAUCUUUCAGGUUUAAAGUACAGAAGUUUUUGCCAAAAUAAUGCCUCUUGUCAAAGUAUUGUAAACAAUUGCUGCCAAAAAUGUUGAUUCAUCUUUUGUGACCUCCUAUUUAGUGUCAUUCUUCAUUUAUCAUUGACUCGUGUUUAAAAGUAUAUCACACCAUAUUUUUACCUGCAUCAAUGAUAAAAAGCUAUUGUACAACUUGCUCACUGAAUGUAAAUAUAGCCUCCAACAGAUACUGCAAUAAGGCAUCUUUUCAUUUCGAAAAAUAUUUGCAUCUAUAUUGUAUUUAUUACUAGAAAUGAACAUUUUUUCAUGUCCUAUAUGUUGUGUUGUCACCAAUAAAUGUGUUUCAGAUAUAACAUGGCAACACAGACAAUCUCUUGACAAGUUUUUAUAUUGACGGAGGUAUAAUAUAUUAAAUAUUAGCCAUAUACUAGCACCUGUUGGUUAAACUUUUAGGUUGGUUGGUCAUACAUCGCUUAGUUUUAUAUUGAAAGUCAUCCUCGAUAGAAUACUUUAUUCAGAAUGGUCAAAAACUAUGAAGUCACAAAUUUUAUUCUUCAUACAGGAGUUCCCGACAAUAAAAAGCCUGUAAUAGUGACAAUAAUAAACACAGAAGUUUCGGCUAUUGCUAUACUACUAUUGAUAAUAACUUAGUGGUCGAUGAGGGACUGAGACCGAAUGUUUUAUACAUCAUAAGGUCUAUCAUUGAGUCAAGUGUCCCCAAAAUGACCAACCUUGUGUUAAAUGAGCUUAAACCUCUCUCUCUCUGGUUGAUGACAAAUUUUAAACCCAUUGUUAAAGGAUGACUCUCUAUGUAAAAUUUGCAGCUUAUGGUAUGUACGACUUUACAGUGUAUAUAAUAGUUGUAUAUAAAAUAUAAUGUAUAAAACAUGUCAUACAUUUGUAUAUUGAUAUAAUUGUAUAAUCCAUACUGAAUUCUUUUCUGAGAAAAAAUAAAAUAAUUGAAUUGUCCAAA